UUGAGUUAGACAGUUGGUAAACUGACAAUUGAGUUGUUACGUGUUGAAUACGCUUGAAUCUGAGGAUAUUAUAUUUUAAGUAAAGUAUGUGCAGGUAGACUAUAGUGUAUUGCAUAUAUGUCGAGGAAACAUACGUAUUUCAAAUGGACUUUCAUACCUAUCGGUAAUCCUGAGUUUUCACUUGCGUAUGAGAAAAAGAGUUAGUUUAUAAGUUUGACUGCAGAAAAAGUGUGAGUCGAUCUUUCUUUGUUAAAAUUUGGAAUUCUGAAAACGCGUGAGUCAAAUGCAGAAUUAUGAGUCCAGGGACGUGAAAUAUAAGCACCAUACGUAAAAAUGUGAACAGGAAAACACGUAAAUUUGUUCCUACCGUGAAGAAGCGAUCUCAAAGGAACCUGAUACGUCAUGUAGACGUAAAACCAUUACACGCCGCUGACACCAUUAUGCAACGCAAAGACGACUUAUCGACGUGAGGAUGAGAUAUUUGGUAUCAUUACGAGAUCAUUCAACCGUGUUGGAAUAGCGUAAACAAAUAUUACCAAACGUGAUGUGACGUCAGAAAAAUUACAUGAUGCAAGAUAAAAUUGAUUAACCUGUGUAUACCUCCUUAAGUAAAGUUGACUUCAUUACAUGAUACGUAUCGCAUUUAAGGAUUCAUUGAAAUUGCCACUGGAGUGUACAGAGUCGAAGUGAAGUCAAAAUGUAUUCUGCGAUUCCAAAAGACUGGCGUCAUGAUUUUGACGUCAACGUCACAAUCCAGGAGCUGAACGAUUCCUUGGCUGAGUUACACGUGCCUACAAUCGCGUUUAUUGCUCUCCUGAUGGUGUUCGGAGUGUUAGGGAACAUACUCGUUCUUUACGUGUACACGAGGAAGUAUCAUCCAUCCACGUACAGAUGCUUCAUCCUGUGGCUGGGUUGGAUCGACCUGGUGGCUUGCACUGUCGGGAUGCCCCUCCUCAUUGUCAGCAUGCUCUUCCCCUACAUGUUCCCCUCAGAGGCCGCGUGUAAGACCCUCCGCUUCCUGCACGUGUUCUUCGUGGUCGCGUCCGCCUUCAUCGUGAUCACUAUCGCCAUUGAGCGCCACCGUCGGAUAUGUAACCCGUUUUCACCGGAAAUGUCCACCCGGAAGAUAAAAAUCAUGUGCGCGGUGGCGUCCGUCCUUGGGUGCAUCGUUGCGCUUCCGGCAAUAUUCGUAUAUGGAGGCACCGUCGUAGAAACGGGGGUUAACAACAUAAACGGAACGGAGUGCUUCAUUGACCCGCGGAUGAAGGAUUCAAGUUUUCCCAAAGCGUAUUUCGCCUUGCAGCUGCUACUCAGCGUUUCAUGUAUGGUCGUAAUGGGGAUUUUUUACUUCCGGAUUGGUCGUACGAUUAUGGCACACCAUAAGUUUAUCCGGGAGAACACGUACAACGCCCGGGGCCCGCUCUCCGAAACCGACCAAAAAAGGAAAACAAAGGACUCAUUUGCAGAACCCGACAGUGAUAUGGAGUUAGUGAAUGACACCAACCGGAACACUGACAAACAAAAUGGCGCGACCAAUGGGAAUGCUCCAAAUUCACGCGAGAAUUCCCCUGCUCGAUUUUCAUUGGACAAUUCCGAUUCUAAGAAAGACCCGUAUGGGGAGCUAUUGAAAAAGGUUGUAAAGGACAAUUCUAGGUCAAACUCACCCAAAUCUGGUCAACAGACACCUGAGUCGGGCGCGUCAACGCCCCAAUCACAGCGGAAGAACAGAGGAAAUAAUCGCUUGGCAACUCCACGUAGUGAAUCAAUAACAAACAGAGGUCCAAGCUUGCGAACAAAGCAAGUGACCCUCAUGUUAUUCAUUAUCACUGUUGUGUUCGUGUUAAGCUUUAUACCACAUUUAAUAUUAAUGGUUACCAUAUCGUUCAAGUCCGAUUUUCUCAUGGAUAUGUCUCCAAUUGGUGUGGCAGUUUACAACAUAUUUUUACGAUCGUUUGUCAUCAACAACAUGGCCAACCCAAUAAUCUACGGUUUUUGUGACAAGAAGUUCCGGUCUGAAUGUUCGGCCGUCUGCAUAAGUUUCUUUUGCUGGUGUUGUAGACGAUAAUUAUGCAUUUAGCAACAGUAAUAAUCAGAAACGAUCGUCUGCACUGACGCCUACUGACGAUGACUUCGCUUUUAAACAAAUGUUUUAGACAAACUGUACCACGUUCAGCCAUCUAUUAUGUUGGUUACUGCUGCUGUUGCAGAUCGGGAUUAUGCAUGUAGCACACACAAUAUAGACGGACGAUUCUUAUAGACAACGUCUGGUGGACUCUUGUUGCAUAUAUUGGAGUUUUAAACAGACGACAGUCUUUAAAAUGUUUUUAGCCGUUUUAUUAACUUAGGUUUAUCAUUUUAAACAUCCUUAUGAGGAGGCUAGAUGGCAUUAUUUUAGUCUAAGACAAGAACAUUAGUCUUAAGUUUAGCAUUCUGUGUUAAGUAUGAAUGAUCAUUUUAUUGUAAAAAAUUACAUGUAUAGUAUUUCAUACUGAUUAUCUUUUGAUCGUUAUAUGAUGUAAUACAUUGUCAUCACGUGUACGUUUAUGAAUGCCAUUUACCUGAUAUAAUUUAAGUAUUUUACCGAAUGUAACAGUAUUUCCGUAAUUUAACUAAUUAAAAUUGUGAUAAUUUUUGUAAAGAAAUCAUAUUAAUAUGAUUAAUUCUGAGUAUAUAUUUGCAUGCUUAGGUUUUUUUAGUGUAUUCGGAUAGUAUAUAUUAAAUGCCUUUAACAUAUAGGUGCAUGUGAGGACAUUCAAUUGCUUUGAACUUUAACAUUUGGACUGAACUUUAACAUUUGGAUGUCGUUUCAUGGUGCAAGUUUUCAGUAAGUUUGUUUGCCAAAAUAUUUAUCUCUGAUUGGCUUUUUUGAAGAACUAAACUAUGAAACUGCUUGAGAUUAAUGGUUUAAUUUUAUGACGUAAAACCUUCUUGAUCAAGUCUUUAAGAUUGUGGUAUCAGUUUAGUUCUUGUAAAACAAAUAGUUGCACCAGUGUUUUCUCAUCAGAUAUUUGAAUUUAAUGUAUUUACAGGUAAACUUUAAAGGUAUUACUGAUAAAAGAUCGAUUUAAGUCAUACAUAUAUAUUGAAUUGUUGAUAUAUUGCAGAUAUAACUUUUAGAUGGCUCUAGAUGAUGGCUUGGUGUAUCUCUACAUCGACGGAACUUGAUAAUAAUUUUAUGAUUUAAUCGUUGAUUCUUAUCUAGUCAAUUCUAGGACACAGUGUUAUUUUUAUAUGUAUUGUUUUAAAAAAAGUAUCUUUGCAGAAGAGUUUUAAAUGUGCUAUGUUAUCAUUGUCGUAGAAGCCAUUGGGGAUUAUGCUGUACAAAUAAUGUUCGAUGAAUCGUAGAAGCCAUUGGGGAUUAUGCUGUACAAAUAAUGUUCGAUGAAUCGUAGAAGCCAUUGGGGAUUAUGCUGUACAAAUAAUGUUCGAUGAAUCGUAGAAGCCAUUGGGUAUUAUGCUGUACAAAUAAUGUUCGAUGAAUCGUAGAAGCCAUUGGGGAUUAUGCUGUACAAAUAAAGUUCGAUGAAUCAUAGAAGCCAUUGGGGAUUAUGCUGUACAAAUAAUGUUCGAUGAAUCGUAGAAGCCAUUGGGUAUUAUGCUGUACAAAUAAAGUUCGAUGAAUCAUAGAAGCCAUUGGGUAUUAUGCUGUACAAAUAAUGUUCGAUGAAUCGUAGAAGCCAUUGGGUAUUAUGCUGUACAAAUAAUGUUCGAUGAAUCAUAGAAGCCAUUGGGUAUUAUGCUGUACAAAUAAUGUUCGAUGAAUCGUAUAAGCCAUUGGGGAUUAUGCUGUACAAAUAAUGUUCGAUGAAUCGUAUAAGCCAUUGGGGAUUAUGCUGUACAAAUAAUGUUCGAUGAAUCGUAGAAG